UUCUGGGAAAUGUCUGAUUGGCAGAUGUUAAAAGGGAUUCUUCCGUAAUCCAGUGCAUCAAUGAACUGCACAAAUUCAGUCCAGAGUUGCGAGAAUUCAGGCAUGCGGACGCUGUGCAGCCGGCUUGCACAGUCAGAGCCGAGAUGGACAAAACCCUGGAAUCUCUAAGGCACAUCAUUGCCCAAGCCUUGCCGCACAGAGACCCGGCUUUGGUCUUCAAAGACUUGAAUGUUGUGUCAAUGUUACAGGAAUUUUGGGAAAGUAAGCAGCAGCAGAGAACCACAUUCUCCAGUGAAGGCCUGGUGGUGUAUGAGUCAAUGCCCUCCUCUGGGCCUCCCUUUGUGAGUUAUGUGACUCUUCCUGGAGGGAGCUGCUUUGGAAACUUUCAGUGCUGCUUAAGUAGAGCUGAGGCCAGGCGGGAUGCCGCUAAAGUGGCGCUCAUCAACUCUCUCUUCAAUGAGCUGCCCUCCCGAAGGAUCACCAAGGAAUUCAUCAUGGAGAGUGUUCAGGAAGCAGUAGCCUCCACCAGUGGCACUUUAGAUGAUGCAGACGACCCCAGCACGAGUGUCGGAGCAUAUCACUACAUGUUGGAGUCAAACAUGGGGAAGACCAUGCUGGAGUUUCAGGAACUGAUGACCAUUUUCCAACUAUUGCACUGGAAUGGAAGCCUGAAAGCCCUCCGUGAAACAAAGUGCUCUCGACAGGAAGUCAUCUCCUAUUAUUCCCAAUAUUCUUUAGAUGAAAAGAUGCGCAGCCACAUGGCCCUGGACUGGAUCAUGAAGGAGCGCGAGUCCCCAGGAAUUCUCUCUCAAGAGCUACGUGCAGCCCUGGGGCAGCUGGAGGAAGCCAGGAAGUCAGGACAAGAACUACGGUUUUACAAAGAAAAAAAAGAAAUCCUGAGUUUGGCUCUGAUUCAGAUCUAUAGUGACCCUGACCCUUCCUCACCCAGUGAUGACCAGCUGAGCCUCACGGCUCUGUGUGGCUAUCAUUAAUAAGCCCAGGUCUCAGGUUUCCUGAG